AUGCCUGUCCGACGAGCCAAGUCCUGUGUCACCUGCCGCAGGGCGAAGGCACGAUGUUCGCUUUCAACACCCUGUUCGCGAUGUGCGACUCGAAGCCUGGCUUGUCAGUAUGCGACAACCGUGCCUCCUCUUGAGGACCGCUGGCCGAGAGGGUUCCGGCCUAUCAGACCUGCGACUGACACCACAGUGACUGGAACUACGGUCGAGAAUACUAUGGACAAGGCCUCUGACACCAAUUUUGCAGCCCCGGGUGCCGGGUCUGCCACUACUAUGGACAAUAAAACGCGAUCUUUUAGUAUGCACAUUCACGAAGAAGCUGAGAUACCUACCCGACCGGAAACCAGAACAGGAACUCGACCGGACAUGAUCGAUUCUUCGAACUUAAAUGAGCCCUUCGAUGUCUCGGAGCCCCCGAUUAUGGCCCCAAUUUUACACUAUCCGCAAACCACAGAUUUCCCCACAGUCCCAGACAUCAUCUCCCCGCGCCUAUUGAGUCUUGAUCUUUCUAUGGUCUUCCCUGGCUUGGUAAUGCCAAACUUAAUGGAUUUCAACCUAGGCACUGAAGUGCUGGAACCCCAACUAUCGCAACGGUCGAGAUCUCUUCAGCAAGGGUCCAUGACGGCUAAAAUGAUUUUCAGUCGCAUGAGCGAAUAUGGCCGUAUGAUGGCGGAUGCCAAAACACUCCCGCCGUUUAUUCUUCCUCCGUGCUGUCUCGGCUCUGGAGACCAGUGUUCCCCGAACGAAGCCCAUACAUGCUUGCCUGAAGCUUUGGCGAAAUUUGCCGAAGAACUAUACGAUCUUGGCACAUGGGCAUCGAAUAUGGAUCAAUCAUGUCCCUCGCGCAGCCACUGGGUAUUUGUCGAAAGUCUGAGAAGGGUUGGCUGUCUUCUCUACCUCAUCGAUCUGUUACUCCGUGUAGAUACCCAAACACCUUCCACAGGAGACUGUGCCGAGUUCUUUGAUAUGCCAUUACCGUGUUCGCGCGAAAUGUGGCAGCCAAUAUCCGAUAAAGAUUGGACAAAGCGAUAUCAAGAAGAUGCGGAAACCAGGAAACAAAAAGGACGACAGGGUUUGACACUGGGAAUGCUGCUGCUUAUACGACAAUCAGCCGCAUGUGGUGAGGAUAUCACCAUAUCGGCUAGGAAGGGCUUGGCAGAAGAGCUGGCUGAAUGGUGUGAACGGGCGGAUGAUUUGUCAAUGCUCCUGUGGAUGGGGCUGACUGUCGAGGGAGAUGGGCAGUCGCAAUUGUAUCAAGUGGGGACAAGCCCAGCACUAAUGUAG